AUGGUAGAUUCUAAAUUUUCAGGAUUCAGAAUCAGAAACGGUGGUGAUGGUGUGAAUUAUAGUGGCCAUUUUCAAAUCGACACAGUGUUUCCCAGUUAUGAUGCUGCUGUUGAAUGGGCGAAAGAAAUUGCCCGGCCAAUUGGAUUUAUAUUUGUCUCAGCAUCGUACAAAAAAACCACCGAUAGUCAGCCGUAUCGAUAUUUGGCUUGCGAUCGUGGUCGGAAGAAAAGGCCAAGAGAUUUGGAGAAUGUGAUUCGCAAGGACACUAAAACCAAGUCCGUUGGGUGUCCUUUCUACAUCAAGAUAUAUUACGAGAGAAGCACUGAUGGUUGGAGGAUCUGUGCUAAAAAUGAUGUAACCGGCACCCACAAUCAUCCAUUCAUUGUGUAUCCUGAAGGUCAUCGACAAAUCAGUGGUCUUAGUCCAGGUGCGAAACAGGUUGUGCGUAACUUGAUGAGGUCAAAGGUUGCCCCUCGUAAUAUCAUGGUAACCAUUAUAGAGCAAUUUCCUAAAGAUCAUCCAAACAUCAGGCAUAUAUACAAUUGUAGAAGUGACAUCAGAAUGGAGGAUUCCAAAGGAAGAGGAGUGGUUCAACAAUUACUGCAUUUGACUAGAGAGAGUCACUACCUUUACUGGGUUAUGGCUGAUGACAUCGGUGUUUUACAGCAUGCAUUCAUGGUGCAUCCGAUCACGUGCAACUUGUUACGCACAUAUCCGUACGUGAUUGUUAUGGACUCCACAUACAAGACAAACAGAUACGGCAUGCCAUUCUUUGAGAUAGUUGGGGUUACACCGACCAAUCAGAAUUUCCUUGUUGGAUAUGUGUUCAUGAGAAACGAGACACAAGCUAGUUAUCGAUGGGUGCUUCAGAGAUUUAGGAAUUUGAUCGGAUACCAACAGAAGCCAUCAGUGUUCUUAACUGACCGUGAGCUUGGACUUUGUACAGCAUUGAAAGCCGAGUUUCCUCACACUACGCAUUUACUUUGUAGGUGGCACAUUAAUAAAGAUGUCGAAGCUUAUGUGACUGGAUUGUUCAAGGACAAGACAGUGGGUGCAAAGUUCAAAAAUGGUAGAUGGAAACGAGUCAUGGAUGCAGCAUCUGAGCCGGAAUAUGAGUUAGCCUUGCAGAGAUUGAAAACAAGUUGGGGUCGGUAUCCAAAAGUUGUGGAUUACGUUGAGACUACUUGGCUUCCCCAUAGAGAGAAAUUUGUGACGUGUUGGACGAACAAAGUUAUGCACUAUGGUAACGUUUCUACAUGUAGGGUUGAGAGUCAGCACUCGGCGGUCAAGAGUUGGAUGGAAUCAUCGACUGGUUCUUUGGAUAUGGUAUGGGCUCGAGUGCAUUGCCAGAUUGGAAAUCAGAUCGUUGGAAUACAUAACGCUUUGGAGGCUAGUAGAUCUAAAGUGGGUGAGAAGUACAGGCACAUGCCGUUGCAGCGGCUUAAUGGAAAAGUUUCUCAUCAUUGCCUGUCUUUUCUUUACGAUGAGACGCAAAGAAUGACAGAGUUGAGUUACGAGGUGCAUGAGCGUUGCGGUUGUGCUCUACGGAUCACCCAUGGGAUACCAUAUGCUUGCCAGAUUUAUGAUUCAAUGCAUGAUAAGGAGGGGUUGUAUUGCAGUCAAAUUCAUCCAUUUUGGCAGAGCCUUGUCAUUGGUGAUGGUGUUGAUAUACCGGAGUUCGUCGAUGAGUCAGCUGAAGAAGCAAUACAUUUUCGCUCCCUUGUCGAUGAGGUUUUGGCUAGUGACCCUGUUACGAUUCAGAAUGUUUCUCGCAUCAUUGAAGAUGAGCUGCAUCCGAAUCAUUCAGAUCUUGAGGAGCUGGAAGUGAAUCACUCAACACGAGGUCGACCACAGGAUCGUUCUACUAGGCGUGAUCGUAGCCAUUUCGAGAAUGUUGAGCGUAACACAAGCGGUCGUGGAGGGAGAAGGUCGAGACAACAUAAUUCAAGGCAAAACCGUCAAACUGAAUCCGGAGGAAAUGGAUUCAACAUCGAACAAUGUAGGUACGCUCACUUGCUCCCCGGACCUAUAUUGCCUUACAUAACCGGAUGGAAUGAUGUCAUUGGUGAUGGUAAUUGCGGCUUUCGUUGUGUUGUCUCCUUCUUCAUGGGUGAUCAAGAGCAAUGGAGAUUAGCUCGACAAAUCAUGGCUAAUGAGAUCAUCGGUUAUCCACACUUAUACAGGAGGAUUUAUUAUGAGCCAGGUGGUUUGGAUUUUGAGAUACAGCGUAUUCGUUGGAGCGGUGGCCCAUGUGGGGAAAGACAUUGGAUGGUAGCCUUUCAGGAUUUGUAUGUAAUUGCUACCUUGUACAAUGUAACUGUGAUUUGUUAUGGCAUUGGGUUGACACCGACGAGCUACUAUCCUUGCAUCACUGUGUUACCAUUGCGGGCCCCCGACAAUGCUACUGCACCAGCUCGAGAGUUUGUUAUAGGUACUGUGGGUGGGUCACAUUUUAUUCUAUUACAGCUUGAUCAAGACCAUCCGAUUCCCCCGAUUGCAGAUGUUUGGUACCGGGCUCGUGAACCUAGCGUUAUUGGAUGGGAGCAACGAUACCAGCUUAGAAUUGGUUUGUGGGAAAGAUUAGUUGCGUCAUGA